AUGCGCUCUAUCAUUGCUACCCUUUUCCUUGCCACCACGGCUCUGGCCAGUACCAGUGCUACUGAUGACUUUAUCCGCUGCGCAACUGCGGCCAUGAACAAUAUUGGCGGCUCCAAGCUCACCGACUGCACCUCUUUGAGCUCGACGGCUUGUCUUUGCGCUAACAAAGACACCUUGCUCAGCUUGUCCGACGCAACUAAGGCUGCUUGCAGCGGGUCAAGCUUUGAUGUGGCUGCUUUGGCCUCCUCUGCUUGUGGCAGCGGCACGUCUUCAACUGCCCGCCAUGCUGGCCAGCCCAUGGAGCCCGCGCGCCAGAUGAUCGAGCGCGCGUACAGUCCUUCUAUGGAAGACUCCGUUGCCACCAGCGUUGUCUGGGUCACCGAGACUCGCACCGACUGCAGCUGCAAGAGCACCAGUCUCCCCUUUGACCACGCUCACGUCUCUCAGAUCCCCGUCAACGUUCCCAUGGCGAGCAGCAUGUCGAGUGGAGUGGCUGCCUACGCGACUCCUGCUUCGUCUGCUUCAUGGUCCGCCAUGUACAGCUCUCAUAUCUCCGUUGCUACCCCCGGCCCCAGUGGUGCCAGCUCCGGCCAGUACUACCCCUUCGAGGGCGCUGCGCCCCGAGUCAACGCUCUGAAGAGCGGGCUUGCCGCAGUUGGAGUUGCCGCUGUGAUGGGCCUUGUCGCUGCUCUGUGA